AUGGGUUCCAAGGCUGACCUAGUAAAUGGCAACGUCUCGAACCCCAGUCGGCCGCUGCUGGUAGUCUGUGACUUCGACCACACGCUGAUCAAUGUCAAUUCCGACCUGGUGCUGUUCCACGAGCUUCCGUACGGUCAAUCACUGAUACCGAGUUUCGUGUCAUUGCGCAAGGAGCAGGGCCUCGGAUGGACGCAGACCAUGCAGGCGCAACUCGCGGCAUUGGCGGAGCAGGAUGGGUACAGCAAAGGUGAUAUGCUCGAGUGCUUGGGUCGUGUGAAGAUGGACCCGGUGCUACUUGCCGCGCUAGAGAAGCUGCAUAAGAAUCAAGCGCCAAAAGUCAAGUUUGUUAUUGCAUCUGAUGCCAACACCAUCUUCAUCGACGAGAUAUUGCGCGCGAACGGGGUUGAAAAGGAUACAUUUUCGAAAAUAUACACCAACCCGGGAAUGUGGGCGGAGCAUGACGUUCUCCGGGUUGAACCGUAUCAGUCAAUUGACGCGCCACAUGAGUGUCUGCGAGCGUGUCCUCCUAAUAUGUGCAAAUCGAGCAUUCUAAGAAGAGCAGUGAAGGAACUCAAAUUGGAAGAUGCCACUGAUCUGCGAGCAGUGUACGUCGGCGACGGUGGCAACGACUUCUGUCCUGCAUUGGAGCUGUCUGAGACUGACCUUGUACUGGUGCGCGAAGGGUUUGCGUUGCAGAAACUGAUCGACAAGGCCGCUAUCGAGGCUAGCACAGACCCCGAGAGUCCGGCCGAAAGCGAUAAGCAAUCCGACACCAAGUCUGUCAAGGCACAGAUAAAAUUGUGGAACACGCAAGAAGAGCUCGGGCAGCUACUCGUGCAACUUGUUGGCGGAGAUGCGCCGGUACCUGUAAGCUCUCCGACUCAAGAUCAAGUCGAAACCGCUGUGCAGCAGCUAGAGCACGAUCUGGCUGCAAAGGCCACUAUUGGCGAUGGACCUCAUUUAUAG